AUCGUUUCACAUUUUUUUUUUCUUUAUUUCGCUGCACAGCCUACACGGCUACACCCCUCGCUCUCCUCCAUUGAAGCAGCUUCCGAGCUUCCUCUCCUCCAUUGAAGCUCCCCUAUACAAAAAUCGUCCAACAUCAACUUCUCAAUCUAGGGUUCAUUGUGAAUUUAAUUGUCAGUGUAUUCAAUUUAGGGUCCUUCUAAGGUGGAUUAGUGAACAAUGCAAUCAAACAAGUACGGUUUGCAAAUUAGGGUUCCAAAAUCCCAGCAAAAACAGCAGCAAGCUAGAUCAUUACCCCCCAAACCCCUUGCUUUCAACGAUGACGAUGACGAUGAUGUCGAGAAAGAAAUUUCCCGUCAAGCUUUUAAGAACAAGUCCCUAAAAGAUGUUGAGGACCAGUACAAGAAAGCAUUAGAAGAAGAUCCUUCAGUGUUUGAUUAUGAUGGUGUUUAUGAUGAUAUGAAAGCGAAAAUUGUUAAGCCAAAAGCCGAGGAUAGACAACAGCGUCAGCCAAAAUACAUUCAAGCGCUGAUGGAAAAAGCCAAAAAAAGAGAAAAAGAACAUGAGGUUGUUUAUGAGAGGAAACUUGCAAAAGAAAGAAGCAAAGAUGACCACCUUUAUGCCGAUAAAGACAAGUUUGUUACUGGAGCUUACAAAAGGAAGCUUGCUGAGCAGGCAAGAUGGAUGGAGGAAGAACGCUUGCGUGAGCUGCGUGAAGAGAAAGAUAAUGUGACCAAGAAGAGCGACCUCACAGAUUUUUACUUCAAUUUAGCAAAAAAUGUUGCAUUUGGAGCGGAAGAAAAGUCCAAAAAGCCAGGGAGAGGGGACAAGGAACCAGCAGCUGCCAUAGAAGAGCUAAAAAAACCGGAGAAGUCAGAGAAAGAAGCAGACUUAAAUGUUAGAGCUGUGGGAAAUCCAUCCACCAGCUCUGCGGUGGUCUCCCCAUCAAGAUUGGAUGAUAGACAUCAAGGAGAAGCAGCUGUUGCUCCUGAGGUUAGGCCAGAGCCAGCUGCAAACCUGGCACCUUCUCCUAAUACAUCUGCAGAAGACAUCCCACCACCUCCCACUGAUAAGCCUAAGCAGGACCAUCAUAAGAAAAGUCAGGAAGCUCUCGCAGCUGCCAAAGAACGUUUCCUGGCAAGGAAAAAGGCAAAGAUGGAAUUAUGAAUUACCCCCUCCCCUGUGAUCAGUAAGCCAGGGUCUUAUGUAAUGUUUCUGGGUUAACAUUCAGAAAAUUUAGUCAUAUGAAGGUCUUAAGUAUUGUUGAUCAAUUUGAUUACUCUCUCUCGCUCUCUCUCUCUCGCUCGCUUUUUCACCAUUAGGAAGCCCUCAUCCCAAGAGGUAUGUCUAAUGUUUCAGAAGAAAGCAAGUAAUCAAACUAGAGUUAUUAUUAGGAUUAUUUUGAUUUUUAUAAAUUUAUUCCGUAUAUAAUUUCAAGUAUCUUUCACAUGUGAGAAUCCCUUCCCCAACCAACCAGCAUAUCAUGUAUACCCGAAUGAUCAACACCUUCUAGAGCCUUGUUUGGAACAAAUGUAUUUUCUGUUAUACUUUCUC